ACCCAGGUCCGUGCGUCUGUGCGAUUGGUUCCGCCCAACGAAACUCCUCUCUGGGGACGGUCCAACGUCCCCUCUGCCCCGCCGGCGGAAUUGGUUUCGUUGGUUGUGCCCGGCGCCGCGCGCGGUAUGGCUGCGGCUGUGCCCGUGGGGGGCGGCGGCGGCAUUCAGGGCUCCCUGCACCAGCUCGUCUGCGCGCUGCAGGACCCGGACCCCGGCACUGCCGCCCUGCGCGGCUACCACCUCAUCCGCAGCGUGGGGGAGGCGUGCGUGACCAGCACCGGGGACGGCGCCCGCGCAUUGCAAACUUCACUGGUGUUUUCCAAAGAUAAUGGAUUACUUAUGUUUGUCCGCAAAUCUCUCAGCAUUGAGGAAUUUCGAGAGUGCAGGGAAGAAGCUUUAAAAUUUCUCUGUGCCUUUCUGGAAAAGAUUGGUCAGCAAGUUCAUCCUUAUGCCCAUGAUAUUAAGCUAACUUGUAUUAGCGUUUACACAAAAGAAAAGGCUGCAAAAUGUAAAAUCCCAGCUCUGGAGCUUCUCAUUAAGUUACUUCAAAAUUUACGGUCUUCCUUUCUCAUGGAAGAAUUGAAAGUUGGAGAGAUCUUUAACAAAUUUUAUGGGGAACUUGCUGCACGAAGUAAAGUGCCUGACACAGUACUGGAAAAAUUAUAUGAGCUCCUUGGAGUCUUGGGAGAAGUCCAACCUAGUGACAUGGUUGACAACUCUGAGAAAUUAUUCCGAGCUUUCUUGGGUGAGCUGAAAACACAGAUGACCUCAGCAACAAGAGAGCCCAAACUACCAGUAGUAGCAGGGUGUCUGAAAGGACUGACUGCGCUUAUGUAUAACUUUACUAAAUCCAUGGAUGAAGAUCCCCACACUUCAAAGGAGAUUUUUGAUUAUGCAGUGAAGGCGAUCAAUCCACAGGUUGACCUAAAGCGAUAUGCAGUACCUUUAGCUGGCUUACAUUUGUUCAGUAUGCAUGCUGCUCAGUUUGGCACCUUCCUUCUGGACAACUAUAUCUCACUCUUUGAAGUACUGUCCAAGUGGUGUGGCCACACAAAUGCAGAGCUGAAGAAAGGCGGUCAUUCAGCCCUAGAUUCGUUCCUUAAACAGAUUUCUCUAAUGGUGGCUAAAGAUGCAGAAAUGCACAAGAGCAAGCUUCAGUUCUUCAUGGAGCAGUUCUACGGUAUCAUCAGAAAAAUGGAUUCGAGCAAUAAGGAGUUGUCCAUUGCCAUUCGUGGAUAUGGGCUUUUUGCUGCGCCUUGUAAAGCUAUAAAUUCUAAAGAUGUUGACUUCAUGUACAUUGAGCUCCUGCAGCGCUGUAAACAAAUGUAUCUCACGGAGGCGGAGACAGCAGAUGAACAUGUGUAUCAGCUACCCAGUUUCCUUCAGUCCAUUGCAAGUGUUAUAUUCCACAUAGAUACAAUUCCUGAAGUGUACACUCCAGUUCUUGAACGUCUAAUUGUGGUGCAGAUAGAUAGUUUUCCACAGUACAGUGCAAAAAUGCAAUCGGCCUGUUGCAAAUCCAUAGUAAAGAUUUUCCUAGCCUUGGCAGGAAAGGGACCAGUUCUCUGGAGUUUCAUCAGCACGGUGGUGCAUCAGGGGUUAGUCAGAGUCUGCUCCAAGCCUAUCACCUUCUCAAGGGAGAUUUUUGGGAAAGACGUUUCUAAAUUGGAAGAGCCCACAGCAGCUGGAGAGGUCAGAACUGGGAAAUGGAAAGUACCUACGUAUAAGGACUAUCUGGAUCUUUUUAGAAGCCUAUUGAACUGUGACACAAUGAAGGAGUCCGUUUUAGCAGAUGAAACCUUUCUGAUUGCAAAUUCACCGCUGCUUUCUCUGAACCGUUUGUUGUAUGAUGAACUUAUAAAAUCGAUAUUGAAGAUUAUUGAGAAGUUGGACUUGACAGUUCAGAAACUGAAUGUUAGCGAACAGGAUGAAAAUGAAGCUGACAGUGCUUUGGUUGUUCCUACUUCUGAUCCAGCUUCAAACCUUCAGCCAACUAAGCCUAAAGAUUUUAUAGCAUUCGUUAACCUAGUAGAAUUCUGCAGAGAAAUUCUGCCAGAGAAGCAUGUUGAAUUUUUUGAACCAUGGAUGUAUUCCUUUGGUUAUGAGCUUAUUAUACAGUCAACACGGUUACCUCUUAUUAGUGGAUUCUACAAAUUGCUCUCUGUUGCAAUGAAAAUUGCCAAGAAAAUAAAAUAUUUUGAGAGUGUAAGUCCAAAGAGUUACCAAAAAUGCCCUGAUGACCCUGAGAAGAGCUCUUGCUUUGCACUAUUUGCAAAAUUUGGAAAAGAGGUAACAGCAAAAAUGAAACAGUACAAAGAUGAGUUGUUAGCAUCAUGUCUGACCUUUGUACUCUCCUUACCACAUGACAUCAUCAUGCUUGAUAUCAAAGCAUACAUUCCUGCAUUGCAGAAUGCAUUUAAGCUGGGCCUCAGCUAUACCCCAAUGGCUGAUGCGGGGCUGGAUGCCCUGGAAGACUGGUCAGCUCGCAUUCCCAAACAUUUAAUGCAGCCUUACUACAAGGAUGUCCUGCCUCUCUUUGAUGGCUAUUUGAAAACCACUGGAUUGGCAGAUGAAUCCCAGAAUAAUUGGGAAGUGAGGAAGCUUUCUCGUGCAGUCCAGAAAGGGUUUAACAAAGUUGUGAUACAGCGUCUGAAAAAAGCAAAGACCCUUUCAUUGGAAGAUCAUCUAUCCUUGGAAGCUGUAAGAACUAGAGUGGUACGGCUUCUUGGAUCUUUGGGAGGGCAAAUCAAUAGAAAUUUACUUACAGCUGCUUCUGCAGAAGAGAUGAUGAAGAAAUUUGUGUCCUGGGACACUGAGAAGCACCUGAGCUUUGCUGUACCCUUUGCAGACAUGAAGCCAGUCAUCUACUUGGAUUUGUUCUUGCCUCGUGUGACUGAAUUAGCUCUAUCUGCUAGCGACAGGCAGACUAAAGUUGCAGCAUGUGAGCUCUUGCAUAGCAUAGUUAUGUACAUGUUGGGGAAAGCAUCUCAAAUGCCAGAUGGACCUCCUGGUUCCCCACCCAUGUAUCAGCUGUAUAAACGAAUGUUUCCUGUACUGCUUCGGCUUGCCUGCGAUGUAGACCAGGUAACAAGGCAGUUGUAUGAGCUUCUAGUCAUGGAAUUGAUUCACUGGUUCACCAACAACAAAAAAUUUGAAAGUCAGGACACAGUAGCAUUGCUGGAAGCUAUUCUGGAUGGGAUAGUGGAUCCUGUUGACAGCUCUUUGAGAGACUUCUGUGGUCGGUGUGUUAGAGAAUUUAUGAAAUGGUCCAUUAAGCAGACAACGCCGCAACAGCAGGAGAAAAGUCCAGUGAACACCAAGUCACUCUUCAAGCGACUGUACAGCCUUGCUCUUCACCCUAAUGCUUUGAAGAGGCUGGGAGCAGCGCUUGCUUUUAACAACAUCUAUAGAGAAUUUAGGGAAGAAAAUUCUCUAGUAGAACAAUUUGUGUUUGAAGUAUUGGUUGUGUAUUUGGAAAGUCUGGCCUUGGCCCAUACAGAUGAGAAGUCACUAGGUACAGUUCAACAAUGUUGUGAUGCCAUUGAUCAUCUAAAGCGCAUAAUUAAGCACAAAGCUUGUUCCCUAAAUAAGGCAGAAAAACGGCGGAUACCACGAGGAUUUCCAAAUGCUACGUCAGUGUGUCUGUUGGACCUUGUCAUGUGGCUGUUGGUACAAUGUGGGCGACCCCAGACAGAAUGUCGGCAUAAAUCCAUGGAGCUCUUCUAUGAGUUUGUUCCUUUGUUACCAGGAAACCAGUCCCCAUCUUUGUGGCUAGGUGAUGUUCUAAAAAAACAAGGAAUCUCUUUCCUCAUUAACAAAUUUGAAGGGGGAGGUAACGAUGGUGACAGUCUCUCUGGAAUCCUUUCUCAGCCAACACUGUGUGACAUGAAGGAGCCAUUUAGUUUGCGAGCUGUUGUGCAGUGGAUGGAUAUGUUUUUAGCAGCUCUGGACUGCUACAAUACAUUCAUUGAGCAGGGAAUGAUCAAACCAAACGAAAUACUAGGUACAAAGAUGAGGUCUUCAUUCCUGACAGCUGUGGAGUUCUUCCUUAAAACUAUUGUCUUGCAUGAUAUAUCUGCAGCAGAGCGAUGCUUUGACACUGGGUCAAAAGGCAAUAUGUUCAGCCCACAAGAAAGAGAAGAGUAUAAUUACAGCAAAUGCACAAUCAUAGUCCGAAUCAUGGCAUUUGUCAGCAUGAUCCUGGAGACCUGCCAACAGGAUUUCUGGAAGUUACUUGAGAAGGAAUUGCUUAAUGCAAAUCUGAUAGAACUUCUUGUGAGAAUAGUGUGUGAGCCAGCAAACAUAGGCUUUAAUACAGCUGAUGUACAAGUCAUGAAAAAUCUCCCAGAUGUUUCUGUGAGGCUCAUAAAAGCUUUGAUGAAAUCUCCCUAUAAAGAAUUCUUGGAGCUAAGCAUAAAGGAAAGAAUAACAUCACAAAGCAUCGAGGAGCUUUGCUCUGUUGAGCUGUAUAAUCCAGAUGCUCGUUUUGAUCAUGUUCGACUAAGCUCCAUCUUGUCUGCAUGCAGGCAGCUCCACAAGGCUGGCCUGCUUCAUUCCACACUUCAGUCACAGGGUCCGGGGCUCCAUUUCACAGUUGGCUCUAAGCUUCUUUCAGUUGUUUAUAAAAGCAUUGCACCAGGAGAUGAGAAAAAAUCUCUUCCAUCAUUGGACAUCAGCAGCAAGCGACUGGCUGAUGGACUCCUGCAGCUGGCCUUUGCUUUUGGUGGCCAGUGUGAGGAGCUGGUAAGUCUCCUGUUGAACACAGUGAUGCUGUCUGUGCCACUAUCAGGAACGUCACAAAGGAGUCUGAUCAGCUUCUCCCACGGAGAGUAUUUCUACAGUUUGUUCUCAGAAACCAUUAAUCGAGAACUACUGAAAGACCUGGAUGUGGCCAUACUUCAUCUUAUGAAAUCAUCUGUGGACAGCCCCAAAAUGGUAUUGGACCUUUUCUUCAAAAGGACAGUGGGUACCAUCCUGAAUGGUAUGUUAGAUCAAAGCUUUAGAGAGCGUGCUGUACGCAAGCAGCAAGGAAUGAAGUUGGUGACUGCAGUACUGAGGAACUGGAUGAGACUUGACAGCUGGUGGGCCAAAGAUUCUGCUCCAGAGAGUAAAAUGGCUGUUUUGACACUGUUGGCUAAAGUUCUGCAGAUUGACUCCUCAGUGUCUUUUAAUACAAAUCAUGAGGCUUUCUCUGCUGUUUUUAAUACAUAUACCAGCCUACUUAUUGAUAAGAAUUUAGGUCUAAAUCUAAAGAGUCAAGCAGUGAUUAUUCUUCCAUUCUUCACUAAUCUGACCGGAGAAAGGAUUAAUGAGCUUAAGAAUGCUAUUGACCAACUUGUGGCUUUCAAUUUCCCCAUGAAGUCUGAUGAGUUUCCCAAGGGAACCUUGAGGUACAAUAACUAUGUGGACUGCACUAAAAAGUUUCUAGAUGCACUAGAAUUAUCUCAGAGUCCAGUGUUGUUACAAUUGAUGACAGAAAUCCUCUGUAGGGACCACAGACACUUUAUGGAGGACUUGUUUCAAACCAGUUUCAAAAGAAUUUCCAGAAGGAGUAGCUGUGAAAAACAAGUGGUGCUGUUAGACACCGUGCACAAAAUGUUCCAGAGCGAAGCCCUUCUUUCAAAUGCCACUCGACAAGCCUUUGUGGAUCGUUCUUUCCUCACCCUCUUGUUGCACUGCAGCUUGGAUGCACUGAAAGAUUUCUUUAGCAAGAUUGUAUUGGAAGCCAUGGAUACACUGAAGACCAGAUUUACAAAGUCAAAUGAAUCUGCUUUUGGUACACAAAUCACCAAGAAAAUGGGAUAUUAUAAGAUUUUGGAAGUGAUGUACUCCCGUCUCUCAAAAGAGGAUAUUUACUCCAAGGACUCUAGAAUUAACCAGGCUUACCAGGGAUCCACAAAUGUAGAAGGAAAUGAACUUACCAAGACACUAAUAAAGUCAUGCUAUGAUGCAUUUACAGAAAACAUGGCUGGUGAGAGUCAGCUGUUGGAAAAGAGGAGACAGUACCAUUGUGCUGCAUAUAACUGUGCCAUUGCUGUCAUCAGUUGUGUCUUCACCGAAAGUAAAUUCUACCAAGGUUUUCUCUUCACAGAAAAACCAGAAAAGAACUUGUUUAUUUUUGAAAACUUGCUAGAUCUGAAGCACCAGUAUUCGUUUCCUGUUGAAGUUGAGGUGCCUAUGGAAAGGAAGAAAAGGUAUAUUACUAUUAGGGAGGAAGCCAGGGAUGCAGUAAAUAGGGACUCAGAUGAGCCUCAGUAUUUGCCUUCUGCAUCUUAUAUGGUAGACAGCAGUCUGAGUGAGGAAAUGAGCCAAUUUGAUUUCUCAACUGGAGUCCAAAGUUUUUCUUAUAACUCACAAGACCCUACAGCUACCAGUAUACACUUCAGGAGAAAGGUGAUUAGAGAGGAACCCACAGAAUACAUGGAUCCAGAUGAUCUGAUGGAACUGGAGAUGGAUGAGCUCAAUCAGCAUGAAUGUAUGGGCUCUAUGACGACCCUGAUUAAACAUAUGCAGAGAAAUCAGAUUACACCCAAAGUAGAUGAGGGAAUAGUUCCACGAGACCUUCCUCCAUGGAUGAAGUUUAUACAUGGCAAAUUGGGGAAUCCAUCUGUGCCACUAAAUAUUCGCCUAUUCUUAGCAAAACUUGUUGUUAAUACUGAGGAAGUUUUCCGACCUUAUGCAAGACAAUGGCUUGGUCCUUUACUGCAGCUUGUUGUUUCUAGGGAUAAUGGAGGAGAAGGAAUUCAUUACAUGGUGGUGGAGAUAGUAGUUACUCUGCUUUCCUGGACUACUGUAGCGGCUCCCAAAGGGAAUAUUAAAGAUGAGAUACUGGCAAACAGAUUACUUGAAUUCUUGAUGAAGAAUGUAUUUCACCAGAAAAGAGCAGUGUUCAGACACAACUUGGAAAUUAUAAAGACAGUUGUGGAGUGCUGGAAGGAUUGUCUCUCCAUACCAUACAGGUUAAUAUUCGAACAAUUUUCUGGUGGAGAUCCUAAUACAAAGGACAACUCAGUGGGAAUUCAGUUGUUAGGUAUUGUUCUUGCUAACAACUUGUCUCCCUAUGACCCAAAGUGUGAAAUAGACAGCCUGAGGUACUUUCAGGCUUUGGCCAAUAACAUGUCCUUAAUAAGGUAUAAGGAAGUUUAUGCAGCUGCAGCAGAAGUGCUGGGACUUAUUCUUCGAUACAUGGCUGAGAAGGAAAAUAUAUUUGAGGGUCCGGUUUAUGACUGUGUCAUAAAACAGAUAAAACAGCAUCAAAGCACCAAAGAGGACAAGUUUAUUGUGUGCUUAAAUAAAGUGGCAAAGAACUUUCCUCCUCUUGCUGACAGGUUUAUGAAUGCAGUAUUCUUCUUGAUACCAAAACUUCAUGGUGUUCUGAAAACAUACUGUCUGGAGGUGGUGAUGUACCGUGCAGAGGAGAUAACUGAUCUCUACUUACAAUUAAGGAGUAAAGAUUUCAUCCAAGUCAUGAGUCACAGAGAUGAUGAAAGGCAGAGGGUGUGUUUGGAUAUUGUAUACAAAAUGUUGCCUAAGCUGAAACCCCUAGAACUAAGAGAAUUUCUUCCUGGAGUAACAGGGUUCAUCUCUCACCCUUCUCCAGUAUGUCGGGAGCGCAUGUAUGACAUCCUGAUGUGGAUUUAUGAUAACUACAGAGAUCCAGAAAGCCAAGCAGAGGCGGAAUCUCAGGAAGUGUUCAAACUAGCAAAAGAAAUGCUGCUUCAGGGACUGAUGGAUGAAAACUCCGGACUACAAUUGAUUGUUAGAAAUUUUUGGAGUGAUGAAACUAGGUUGCCUACAAAUACUCUCGAUCGUAUGUUGGCUUUAUUAAAUUCCUUAUACUCUACCAAGAUAGAAACCCAAUUUUUGAGUUUAGCGACGAAUUUUCUGCUUGAAAUGACCAGCAAGAGCCCAGAUUAUUCCAGAAAAAUGUUUGAGCAUCCACUUUCUGAAUGCAGAUUUCAGGACUUCACUAUUGAUUCUAACUGGCGUUAUCGAAGUACUGUUCUCACACCUAUGUUUGUGGAGACUCAAGCUACCCAGAGUGCCAAGAGGAAUCGGUCACAAGAAGGAUCCCUUUCAACUCAGGGAUCACUAGGUGGUCAAGUGAGGGCUACCCAACAGCAGUAUGAAUUUACACCUACACAGAAUGUCAAUGGGAGAAGCUCUUUUAACUGGCUAACAGGAAGCAGCAUUGACACAUUGGCAGAGUAUAUGGUCCCUUCAUCCUCUGAAUCAUUGUCCUCAUCCAUGCUGUUUGUUAGCAAGCGGAGUGAGAAAUCACAGAGGGCAACCUUAAAACCAUUGGGACCCAAUUUUGGGAAGAAAAGGUUGGGUUUGCCAGGAGAUGAGGUGGACAGCAAAGCUAAAGGUAUAGACGAACGGGCAGAAAUUCUAAGGUUGCGCAGGCGUUUCUUAAAGGACCAAGAGAAACUCAGCUUGAUUUAUGCAAGGAAAGGUGUUGCUGAGCAGAAACGAGAAAAGGAGAUAAAAUCUGAGCUGAAGAUGAAGCAUGAUGCUCAGGUCACGCUGUACAGGAGUUACCGACAAGGAGACCUUCCUGAUAUCCAGAUUGAAUACAGCAGCUUAAUCACUCCUCUGCAGGGUGUGGCACAGAGAGAUCCACCGUUGGCCAAGCAGCUCUUCAGCAGUUUGUUUACUGGAAUUUUGAAAGAAAUGAACAAAUUUAAGAAUCCUUCUGAGAAAAACUGCAUCACCCAGGAGCUGCUGCAAAACUUCAACCGCGUCCUGAGCACGACAGUGUCUUACUUCCCACCAUUCAUAGCCUGCAUCCAGGAAAUGAGUUACCAGCACAGAGAGCUGCUAGACCUCGACUCGGCCACUGUGAGCACUAGCUGCUUAGCCAGUUUACAGCAACCUGUGGGUAUCCUGCUUCUUGAACAGGCUCUAACUCGUCUUUCUUCAGAAGAAGAACCACUGUCCAAACGAAUGCGUGGAAGGGCAGAGCUCUCUUCAGAUGUAAUCAGAUGGAUUGAACUUGCUAAGCUUUAUCGAUCUGUUGGAGAUUAUGAUGUUCUUCGUGGUAUUUUCAGUGGAAAGAUUGGAACUAAGGAAAUUACCCAGAAUGCACUGUUAGCAGAGGCAAGAAGCGAUUAUGCUGAAGCAGCUAAACAAUAUGAUGAGGCUCUCUCUAAACAAGACUGGUUGGAUGGUGAACCUACUGAAGCAGAAAAGGAUUUCUGGGAACUUGCAUCUCUUGAAUGCUACAACCAUCUGACAGAGUGGAAGUCACUGGAGUAUUGUUCCACUGUUAAUAUUGAUAGUGGUCAACCUCCAGACCUAAACAAAACGUGGAGUGAUCCAUUUUAUCAGGAAACCUAUCUGCCAUAUAUAAUACGGAGUAAGUUGAAAUUACUGCUCCAUGGAGGCAAUGACCAGUCCUUGCUGACCUUCAUUGAUGAGGCUAUGAAGAUAGAACAGAGGAAAGCCCUUAUAGAAAUGUAUUACAGCCAAGAGCUGAGUCUUCUCUACAUCUUGCAGGAUGACUUUGACAGAGCCAGAUAUUACAUCAGCAGUGGCAUGCAGGCCUUCAUGCAGAACUAUUCCAGUAUUGACACUCUGUUACACCAAAGUCGACUAACAAAGCUGCAGUCUGUCCAAGCUUUAACAGAAAUACAGGAAUUCAUCAAUUUUACAAGCAAACCAAGCAGCUUAGCUUCUCAAGCUUCCCUUAAGAGACUUCUCAGAAUUUGGACAAGCAGAUAUCCAGAUGAUAAAAUGGACCCCAUGAACAUCUGGGAUGACAUCAUUACAAACCGGUGUUUCUUUCUUGGAAAAAUUCAGGAGAAACUGCCUAACAUCCAGGCUGAUGAUAGUAUGGAGAUGGAUGGAAGGGGAGAUGUUGGUGACAAAAUGGAAACAGAUAUGCAGGAAGAAGACAUUCAUUCAAUGAUUAGAAGCUGCAAAUUUAACAUGAAAAUGAAGAUGAUAGAGAGUGCCCGGAAGCAGAACAGCUUCUCAGUUGCCAUGAAGCUUCUGAAGGAUCUGCACAGAGAGUCUAAAACCAGAGAAGACUGGCUCUUGAGAUGGAAUCACAGCUAUUGCCGCUUUAGCCAUAGUCGCAGUCAGAGCCAGAAUAGUCCUGAACAAAUGCUCACUGUGCUGAAAACCAUCUCUUUACUGGAUGAGAGUAAAUCUGACUACCUGAGUAAGAACAUAGUGGCCUUCCGCAACCAAAACCUUUUGUUGGGUACCACUUACUAUAUUUUGGCCAGUGCCCUUAGCAAAGAUCCAGGAUGUCUUAAAAAAAUUGAGGAAGAAAAAGCUAGAAAAGUCGUGAUGCUUUCUGGAGAGAGGCCUGAAAAUUCUGAGAAGGUCAGCCAAGUUGCUGAGCCAAGCUUCUAUCCCUGGCCACAGUCUGCUCUUUCAUCUAAGGUGAUAGCAGGUCUGAACAAGAAGGCUUUCCAGUACUUCAGCACUGCAGUGAGGAAGGCUGAAGAAGAGGUGCAGUCUCACUCUAUGGAGCACGUAGACCUGACUGGAGUCAUAGAUGCUUACAUGACUUUGGUUGAUUUCUGUGACAAGCAUCUCCGUAAAGAGGAAGAAGGUUCAUCUGAUGUCAGUGCUCUGGAUCUGCAGACAUUCCCAGCCAUUGUAGUGGAGAAAAUGAUAAAGGCUUUAAAACUGAAUUCCAGAGAUGCCAGGCUAAAAUUUCCUAGGCUGCUGCAAAUAAUAGAAAGGUAUCCAGCAGAGACACUGGGCCUAAUGGCGCAAGAGAUUUCGUCAGUUCCCUGCUGGCAGUUCGUUGGUUGGAUUAGCCAGUUGAUGGCAGUGCUUGACAAAGAGGAAGCUGUAGCUGUGCAACAUACUGUAGAAGAGAUUGCAAAUAGCUACCCACAGGCAAUCGUCUAUCCUUUCCUGAUCAGCAGUGAAAACUAUUCCUUCAAAGACACUGCAACUGGCCACAAGAACAAGGAGUUUGUAGCAAGGAUAAAGAGUAAAUUAGACAGAGGAGGAGUGAUUCAAGAUUUUGUUCAUGCCCUGGAACAGCUUUCUAAUCCAGUGAUGCUCUUUAAGGAUUGGGUUGAGGAUGUCAAAAAUGAGUUGGGAAAAACUCAGAGAAAUAAAAAUAACCUUAAGGAAAUGUAUGAAGGAAUGUACAGAAACUUAGGAGAUUUACAAGCUCCAGGUCUUGGGUCGUUCAGAAGGAGAUUUAUUGAGACCUUUGGGAAGGAUUUUAACAGUCAUUUUGGGAAAAGCGGCUCAAAGCUGUUAGAUAUGAAGGCUGAUGACUUCAACAGAAUUGCAUUCUCUCUCCUUUCAAAAAUGAAAGACCAGAAAGAACCUGGAAAUCUGAAAGAAUGCUCACCUUGGAUGAGUGACUUCAAAGCUGAAUUCAUGAGGAACGAACUGGAGAUCCCUGGUCAGUAUGAUGGUAAAGGUAAACCAUUGCCAGAAUACCAUGCAAAAAUCUCUGGAUUUGAUGAACGGAUAAAAGUAAUGGAGUCUAUCAGGAAACCAAAACGUAUAAACAUCCGCGGCAGUGACGAGCGGGAACAUCCCUUUCUUGUCAAAGGUGGUGAAGAUCUCCGGCAGGACCAGCGCAUUGAGCAGCUCUUUGAUGUCAUGAAUAUUAUCCUUUCCCAAGAUGCUGCCUGCAGCCAAAGGAACAUGCAGAUAAAAACUUACAAAGUCAUACCCAUGACAACCAGAUUAGGGUUGAUUGAGUGGUUGGAAAAUACCUGUACCUUAAAGAAUUUCCUUAUGGAAAGCAUGUCCGAAGAGGAAAAAGAUGACUAUCACAGCCGAAAAGGCCCCCGUAUCAUGUACAGUGACUGGCUGUCCAAGAUGGCUGGGAAAGAGAAAGGCAUUGCACGCUAUAAGACUAUGUACAGUAGAGCUAAUCGUACAGAAACAGUCCUGUCUUUCAGAAACAGGGAAAACACUGUUCCAGGAGACCUUUUAAGGAGAGCAUUUGUUAAGAUGAGUACAGCUCCUGAGGCCUUUCUAUCUCUGCGAUCCCAUUUUGCCAGCUCUCAUGCACUGAUGUGCAUCAGCCACUGGAUUCUUGGUAUUGGAGACAGACAUCUAUCCAACUUCAUGAUUAAUAUGGAGACAGGCGGCAUGGUGGGAAUAGACUUUGGACAUGCAUUUGGUUCAGCGACGCAGUUUCUGCAAGUGCCAGAGUUGAUGCCUUUUCGUCUAACUCGCCAGUUCAUUAAUCUGAUGUUGCCAAUGAAAGAAUCAGGUCUCAUUUAUAGUGUGAUGGUACAUUCCCUAAGAGCCUACCGCACAGAGCCAGACCUCCUGAUCAGCACUAUGGACGUGUUUGUAAAAGAACCUUCCUUAGACUGGCAGAAUUUUGAACUGAAGCAGUUGAAAAAAGGCGGCACAUGGUCUAAGGAACUAAACACAGCUGAAAUAAACUGGUAUCCCUUGCAGAAAGUGAACUGUGCCAAAAGAAAGCUGGCAGGUGCCAAUCCAGCAGUACUCACCUGUGAUGAAUUACGACUGGGCCAUGAGAAAUCACCUGCCUACAAGGAAUAUGUAGCUGUAGCUCAAGGUUGCAGAGAUCACAACAUCCGAGCCAAAGAACCAGAGGAUGGACUUUUGGAAGAAAUCCAAGUGAGAUGCCUUAUAGAUCAAGCAACAGAUCCCAAUCUCCUUGGCAGAGUUUGGGAAGGAUGGGAGCCCUGGAUGUGAAAGAAGGGCUGUAAGGAAAUAAUCAAAUGGAGUGUGUUCUCUAAGCCAAACCACUACAGUCAAGUUACUGUGUGGUGGGGGAGGAGCAGGGAUAGAAAAACAAUUAAUUUGUGUUUUCCACAGUGGUAAGUCUGAACUGAUUAAGGGUUGUGAUACCAUGGUAGAACUUACUCAAAGAUGACAAUUUAUGAACUAAUGUCUCUGUACUAGGAACUUGAAAGGAAUAUGGUAACUGAAGGCUAAGGCCCAUGAUAUUAAGCUAUUGUAUUUAACAGAAGAAACCACAAACAAAAUAACUGCACAAUCUUUGAAUGGAUGUUUAACAUGCUGUAUUGUUUAAUCCACGCAAAGAGUGAUUAGAUAAAAGUCAACACAUACAACCUAUUGAAUGAUACACAUUGAAAUCUCUCAUUUUUAAAAGUAGAAAUCAGUUGCUAUAAUACCAAUUAUGACCACAACAUAGCCUGUUUUAACAAUUAUAGGAGAUG